GGGCCGGGCUCGUUUGUAGGCUCCGGCCCACUUUCUCCAUUCAUUAGGGCUACUACUGGGCUUGUUCACUUAAAAGGCUGGACGCCAAAUCGCCAAAACGAGCACCUGCGCGGCACGGUUGAUGAUUCCAUGGCGUGGGGCUUGCGGCGCGCGGCGACGGCGGGGAGGAGGGGAUGGUGGGAAGCGCCGUUGUACGCGGCGGAGCAGCGCGCGACGCUGGUGAACGUGAAGCUUAAGUUGGUGAAGGAUCGGGCGCUCGACGGGGCGGUGUCCCGCGAGCGCCACCUCCGCGCCGCCCACCACGUGCUCGACCUUGUGUCCUCGAGGCCCGGCCACCGCAUCUCGUGCCCCGAGCUCCUCGCCGACAAGUCCGUCCACAAGCUUUUCGGUUCAAACGCCGCCGCGCUCGCGUUCCUCCGCAGGUAUCGCACCCUGUUCGUGCUUUCUCGCCGCGGUGGAGGCGGCGUGUCCCUCACGGACGCGGCGCUCGAUCUCCGACGCCGGGAAGUGGAGUGCCUGGGCGCCUCGGAGGCCGACCUGCUGGCCCGCCUGCGCCGUCUCCUCAUGCUCACCCUCCCGCGCUCGCUCCCUCUCCACACCGUCGACCUUCUCCGCUGGGACCUCGGCCUGCCCCGCGACUACCGCGCCUCCAUCCUCCGCCGCCAUCCCGACCACUUCGCCCUCGCGCAGCCCGAGGGUGACGAGCGCGUCUGGCUCCGCCUCCUCUCCUGGGACGACCGUCUGGCUGUCUCCGAACUCGAGAAGGAUGCGGUCGGCGGCGACACCACCUGCCUCUCCUUUCCGGUGAGCUUCACGAGGGGGUUUGGCCUCAGGAGCAAGUGCAUGGCCUGGCUGAGGGAGUGGCAGGGGCUGCCGUACACCAAUCCGUACGCCGACGCCUCGGGUCUUGACCGUCGCACAGAUGUGUCUGAGAAACGGAAUGUGGCGGUGUUCCAUGAGCUGCUGCACCUCACUGUGGCAAAGAGGACGGAGCGUCACAACGUCAGCAACAUGAGGAAGUUGCUUGGCAUGCCACAGAAGUUUACCAAGGUAUUUGAGCGUCACCCAGGCAUUUUUUACCUCUCCAGGGUAGGCGGUACACAUACUGUUGUGCUCAGGGAAGCUUACGGUGGCGGAAGCCAGCUCCUUGAAAAGCAUGCACAUCCACUUGUUGCUAUCAGGGAAGAGUAUGCAACCAUGAUGAGAGCUGCAUUGCCACCAAGGAGGAGUAGAGAAAGCCGUAGUUCUUGCAGCGAGCUGGAUGAGGAAAGUGGGGUUGAAGAAGAAGUUGAACUAUCUGAAUGAGUGCAUUGUAGGCUCAUGAUUAAUAGUGCACUAAAAUGAAGCAAACUUAGUGAGUUCAGGCAGUGGAGGCUCUGCAAUUGCAAUUGUUCAUCAGGUAUGUGCAGACUGAUGCAUCUUUUGGUCUUACAUUCUUAUACUGUUAGCAAAACUUUGUCCACAAUCAUGCAAUCACCAUAAAACAAACUGGCAAGUGUUUAAUACUUUGACCAUUUGGAUCGUGGUUAGGGAAGGUUGGAAAAAGAUUGGGUUUUGACUUUUGAGAUGGGAUAUAAGAUUGUGUGUUAAGUGGGAUAUGAGAUUUUAAACACAUUCCUUUUUUGGAAUGUGAUGGGAAUAUGGUUUAGGAAUGCAACUUUAGUUACUAAAUGCCUUUUGUGGUACUUUGUUUUGGGCUUACACAUGAAUGAAAAACAUGUAAUUUGAUUCUCCAUAACCCAAGCUCUCCAUUCAGACAGAAAUAGUGGAUUCGAGUCCCAAAUGUCUCAACCCCUGUCCAUUUUUCCCUUACCCCCAGCCCAAUCCAAACAAUGGAUAAGGCUAAAGCUACCGAUCAUUUAGCAUUCCCACCUCCCAUUACCGGAAAACCCAUAAACUAAAUGAGCUCAAGAUGCUAAAUCCGCUUAUCAUUUAUGGGUUUUGCAGUCUCUGAUUCAGCUUUAGCUGUUGUACUCCAUUGUAGAUAGACCAAGGAAAAUAGAUAUGAAUAUGACUUGAGUCAACAUAAAUAGUUCAAUUGAGAACAUCUGUUUUACAUGCUAAUAUCCGCAUUUGCUUCUUGUUACCAGUAUGUUAUCUAUGCAUAGCCAUUUAUGUUAUGUACUCCCUCCGUCCACAAAUAAGUGUACUUCUAGGUUUUGUCCUAAGUCAAACUUUUCCAAAGUUGACCAACUUUGUUGAAAAGAGUAGCAACACAUAUGACAUCAAAUCGGUACAUUAUGAAACUACAUUUCAAAAUGGAUCUAAUGAUACUAAUUUGGUGUCAUAAAUGUUGCUAUCUUUUCCAAUAAAAUCGGUCAAACUUUAAUAUUUUCCACUUAGGACAAAACCUAGGAUUACACUUAUUUGUGGACGGAGGGAGUACCCUAAAUUGGAGCCACAUCUCAAUUGACCAAAUACACUAUUUCCUUUCUAUGUUCUCUUUGUUGCCACUCAAAGCCUCAAAGGGCCUUGUUUUUACCAAAUCAUAAACAUGAAAUGUAUGCAUACCAUUCAGGACAUUGAUAGAAAACAGUCUGAAACACUUGUUGAUAUUUGUUACCGGAAUAAAGCAGUUUGGUGGACAUUGGAUUUGUGAGGAAUAGUGCAUUAACAUGCAACAUUUUAAAGCACGUGCACUUGCUACAUGGGCCAUGUGAGCAAGAAUAUGGUACCCUUGUGCUCCUUAUCUAGCACAGCUGCACAGGUUACUCUCCCAGAGGGGAUGCUGGGGUAUGCAAGACACUGGGAAAACAUGGUCUUGAUAGGUUCCCUUCCUCAUCCGCCGCAAGCUGGGGCAACAGUGCCUGCGGCUCCAGUGGUAGGUUUGUCUCUAAUCCUUCGUAAGCCUAUUGCGGUAUUGCUUUUAGAGCACUCAUAUUUCACAUGUGUAUGUUAUAUUGUUAUUAAGCACAUUUACAGAAAAAGCGUGGGUUUGACAUCUUUACCCCUAUGAAAGGGUGAAGAAACCACCCAUAGGAUCGAUCGGCCACAUCGACGCAAAUCUCCCUCGAUGCCUUUUUUUUCAGCCCGGCCGCUGUCGCCCGAUUUGAUUUGGCCCACUGUCGGUGUGCGCUGCGCGGAGGGGGCUCAUGCGCGUUGGCACCUGUCCCUUGAGCUGUCCCAUGGAGUUUUCUCGAGUGUGUGCGGCCUCAGUUUUGAGGGGUUCCGUUGAGCUUUCCCUGCCGGCCGCCGCUCCCAAAAUCCCGUCGGUUUGACUCAUUGGACGGGAGACAGCAGACCUCUGCGAGGGCGAGUGAGAGAUGGCAGCGGCGACAGCGCAAGCUCUGAGCAGCAGGCACCAGAUGACAGCCAUGGGGCUGGGCAUCUGGCGGAUGGAACACCAACCAUCCGUGGCCUCAAGCAUUUCGUCCUCCGCGCCGGUAUGCCUGCCUCCCCCUCUCCCCCGUUCAUCCUCUUCGGAUCUAUGCUCAUGUGGAUCGAAUCGAGUUGAAUCCCUGGGUGGAGGUCAAUGGUUCUCUUGUGUGGCAAGAGGCAGAGCGUGUCGCAGUCGUCGAACUCGCCGAGGCACACGGCACACUCGAGCUCGCCCUUCAGGCCGGCCCUGUGCGCCCUCACGUCGGCGUACGCCAUGGUCGGGAGCGCCCGGAGCACGGCCUUGUCGAAACAGCGCGUCCUUCUCACCUCCCGCUGCCGGCGCCGAUGGCGAGGAGGUCGCUCGCAGGUCCCGUGCCGAGCAGCGGAGGUAGAAGGAGAAGAAUCCGAGGAAGAAGAAGGCGGUCACGAGCACCACGAUUAUGACCACCAUCGAUGGGUUGAAGUUUUGUGGGUUGAAGUAGCUCGGCCCACGGCUUGGCGAGUCCCGCUGCGCGGACGCGAUGCCGGCGGCCUGAGAGACGAGAGCGACGACGAGGAGGACAACAAGGAAGGAGGAGCUACUGCGGCUAUUGCCAAGGCCCCGCGUCCAGCCCAUGGAUCGCGGAUUUCUCCGAUCUCUCCUCCUUUCGGGUGGAUCUAAUGGAUGGAGGCUGGGCACUGGUUCAUUCUUGUGCCGCCCCCGGUUGUUUGCUCUCGGCGGUGGUAGGGGUCAGUGGAGGUGGAGGCGCACGGGGUUCGUCGACGUUUGCUGGCCGUUUGAUCCGUGCUGCUGGGUUUCUCGUGGGUUGGCGGUGGUUCUUCCAGUCUGCGUGCUGGGGGUUUGUUCACUUGUCCAGGUUCGUUGAGAUCUCGAUUCUUUUUUGCUUGCUGAGACCGAUGUGUUUUAUUUACAUGUAUAUGUUUCUUCCGACAUAUUUUGAGGUUUUUCAAUUUUAUUUCUUUUCACUGGAUCCAGUUGGGAAUAAAGAUGUUUUCAUUGCUUAGUGCAGUAACCUAAAUUGAGUGACCAAUUCGAUCAAUUAAUGCCUAAUUGAGCAAUAAUCUGACCUCCACUCAGAAUCAUCCCCAUAGGAUGAGUAAUUGAGACACAUCUCUUCUUUCUCUACCGAACCAUUUUGUGUGAGCUGCAGAUCAAGGAGGAAGGAGGCGUUGAACUAUUAUUAAUUGCAGAAAUCAUUAUGAUCAAGCGGUUUGCCCAAUUUCCCUUAGUUUUUUAGUACAACUUUCUGCCUCUGUGCACAGUAACUAGAUUAUUGGGUUGGCUAUUGUGUGUGUGAACUAAUCAUAUUAUUGCAAACUUCCAUAAUUAUCUGAAGUUUGGUUUGUAUUGAUACCCACUUCUUAUGCAGUAUAAAGAAACUGUGAAUCCCAAAAUUAUUUUAGCGUACAAGUUGCUAGCCUUCAGGGGAAAAGUUAUCUUUUGAGGAUGUUAAUACAGUGGAAGUAGUUUUCCUAUAAUCCACCUCUGAUGGACUUGAGGUAUGAGCUGCAAAAGCUCACUUUUAUUUAACAGUGCAUUGAUGUUUCUAUAGUUAUUGUAAACAUCUAAUAUAUUUUUCUAAGCUUAAUUUCCCUUGCCCAAAUCACGGAAAAAUAUUUCUCUUUUCAAGGACUAACUAAAGGCGAAUGAAGAUGCUCAUAUUUUCAGCUUCAUAUGUGAAUAUGGGGUUUUCUGGACCUCCUAUUAAGGCACUUGCACACCUUUGUAUCUGUAGCUAGCUGCCAACUGAAGGGUGCCUGUAUGCAACCAUGUACAGUAGGCUUCCAUUGCUGACGUGUAUAUGUUUUGUGAAGCAUGGAUCUUUUCUCAUAGUGAUACCAUACCUUGGUCCUAGGUGCUUGAUGUUUCUUCAGCUAAAUCUUCAAUGUUGUUCUCAGUAAUGGAAAAUCAAGAGGAAAUUUUAGGUAAUGGUGGCUACUCCCUUUCCCCUCCACCGUGUUGAGUUGGUGAUAUUAUUCCCGUUUCUUCUUUUCCCUUUGUAUUUCCUUCACUGCGGUUUUUAUGUGUCUUUGCUGAUAAAUGUCUCUAAUAUUAUGAUGAUUCUAUUCUGUUUUUACAUGUCCAUCUGGGCAACUUGCCAUUGGUGGCUCCAAAUAGUAUUACUCCUGCAGAGUUUGUUGUGGAUUUGGCCAUUAGUUGGUGCAAAGACAAUUCAGGCACCUUUCUUCUAAAAUCAUGCUUGUUAUGUUUUCACCGUGGUCUUCAUAGCAAUUGAUUUAUAGGUUGCUUCAUUCUUCCUUGUAUCUCUAAUUUAUACAACAUGGUGUCAGGUCAAUCAUUAAUUCAUUGAAGGUAUAUUUUUCACCAUCAUCUUCGCUGUAUAGUAUCACUCUUAGAUGUUUCCAUAUAUUAUAUAAUUUUAUUUAUGCUUUUGUAUGUCUUAUUUCCCUGACUGAUUUGUGUGAUGACAUUGUUUGUUCCUUUCUGAAUAAUGCUGAUCAUUGGAAUAUUGUCCAUGGUUGACCUCUCUGUUGCAGUGAUCCUUUAUUUGGUUCAUUAUCAAUGAUAGUUAUCUCUUUCUAAUCAGUUUUCAGUGUUGGUUUAUGCUACAUGUAUUUUCUUUUUGGAGUUUUUCAGUCAGGGAUGGACAACCUUUCUCAGGCAAGUAUGUCCACGUGAACACAAAUUGUGCUAACCGUAGAGUGGUUUUCCUUUGUCUAUGAUAUAUGAGCUUGGGAAAGCAGGGUUACGUAUUUCUUUCAUAUGCUUUUGAUCAAAUUUUGUGGUACUUGACUCACAUUUUUGCAUCUUUCAAAAAGGUACUUAGCACUACCCAACCGCUAAUUAGCUAUUUAUAUUUAUCGGGUGCACAAUCUACUCUCUUUUUUGCGAAUGGGUGCACAAUCUACUGCUUGAAUGGUUCUCUAAUUAUGAUUGUUUAUAUAGAAUCUCAAGCGGAAUUGCAUGGGCUGUCUGUAUCAAUAAACUAUUGUUCAAAAAUGGCAACGGCUACUCAUUUCUUUUAUUCGGUUGCAGAACAAAGUCCUUUGUGUGGGCUACAGGCAAUGCAAAUGUCCAGAACAACUCAUAGGGCUUCAAGCUGGUGGAGAUGAUGAUAUACUAGGGGCAGACGCGGAGACGAUCCAACAAGAGGUGCUAGGAUAUCAUGUGUUAGUCCAUGGUGGACAGAAUGACAACUGAGGCUGUGAAGGAGCAUGGGACGAAUGAAGAAUGAUGAUACAGGGGACCAUUUGGGCGGGGGCUCUGCUGACUUCUGACUUGUGACUGCAUGAAACCGGAAGCUUUUGGUUGGUUCCUUGUGGUGGAACCGGCCCACCCAGGUUCAAGUCUCCGAUUGAUUGACGUGGGUGUUUGCAUUUUUCUGGAUUUAUUUCAGGACCUAACCGGCGUUGUGUUUUCAGUAGGAGUGGCGUACCCGUCAACUACAUGUGCCGGACCAGUUUCUUAGAUGUGCUCAUAAGGAUAGGGUGUGCGUGCGUGUGUUUAUAUGGAUGAGUGUGCAUGCGUACUUGUGAGCAUUUGCGUUUGUACUGUGUUUAAAAAAAAACCCGGAAGCUUUGAAAUGCAUUCCGGCAGCCCUGGUACCGCCAUACCGUUUGUAAUAAGAUAGUUUAGAUUCGUUCCGAACUAGGAGUAUCUUAGAACCUAGUGCGAGUUCCUGCUAGCAGUGAGUGGCAGGCAUGUUUAAGAAUUUUGUGGGUUUGUUGUGGGUGAACUAGUUCCGAUAUCUUAUGGA